AUGAAGUCGGACGUCAACCGUCUUCCUUCGACACUAGUCCGAAUGCCUACUGUCACUGCUUGGCUUAACAUGUCGGAGAGAGGAAUCCUCAGCCGUCUAACGAAACGUGGCGAGGGACCACCGCUUAAUGUCACCAUACCUGGAAACACCAUCCAGCCCCCUCCCGUUCCAGGAAUGGGUUCAGUUGCUAUCCAGCCAAAGGUCCAGCCCUUAGUGUUGGGCGGUGGCAUUAUCAUGCCCCCUGUACAAAUCAGAGCAGGACCCCUGCACUACACUACAAGCUCUGUGUACCGCGCUCCACCCGUAACAGGCAGCAAUGCAACCAUCACAGUCCAGCCACCUCCACCAACUACUCUAUUGCUUUCGGCCUCCACUGCCACGUCAAGUCAGGCCAAGCCCGGGUUCGUGCAGAAUAUACCUAAACCAGGCUCUCCUAUGAUCAGUCAUCACGUAAACUCGCCCACCCCCACACAGUACGUCACUACUCUUCUUACCAAGCCCGCUGUGACUGCGGCAUCCGCUGUACCACAAACAGCGUCGGCUCCUGUCAGCUCUGGAGCCAUUCUUACUCCGGUCAUCAAUAGCGUUUACAGUUUGAGCUCUGGCCAAACCGGAACCGAGUCUCCCCGCAGCGGUACA